CGCCGACCAUCGUAAUCUUAAUCGGCCCACAAAUCGAAUAAGAAACAUGCUCCCAUGUGUUAAAAUAUCUUCACGGGUUGACUUUAUAUCCGGCUCUCUCAGGUCUUUCCGUCAACUUGUUUGUCCACUGCUCCCUCAUGUCGGACAAGCGGGAUCUUGAGAGUAACGACUCUACGACACUCACGAGCUUGAAGAAGUAUCUCUUCACGGAUAUUGAUGGAGACAAGGCCACCGCUCCGUUGUCUGCAUAUUGUUUUAUGACAGGUUUUAUUGACGCUGUCUGUUUCUCUGCCAUCUUCGUGUGGUGUGCUUUUCAAACCGGAAACACUGUCCAGCUCGGACUAGCCCUCGCCCGCCUUUUCAAUGGCCAACACGACUACUCUUUCCAUAUCGCAGAUCAACAAGCCCUCUGCUCCGUCAUCACAUUCAUCUUCGGCGCAUCCAUCGCCCGCAUAGGCGACAAGAUGGGCUGCAAGACACGUGCCUGGCUUGUGCUCGGCACCUUCAUCCAGACCCUCUUCACCAUGGCUGCAGCCAUCGCCAUCUGGAAGAGCGGGCAGAUGAGCGUCGCAGAUGCACGUGCUAACCCUGCAUGGACCAAUACUCUGUCCUUUGUCUGUGUCGGGUUCAUGAGCGCAAGCAUGGGUCUGCAAGGGAUCAUGGGAAAAAGACUGAAUACACAGUUUACCACGACGGUGGUACUGACGACGACUUGGUGCGAGCUGAUGGUCGACCCUAAGCUCUUUGACAUACGUCGGCUCGUAAUCUCCCGAGACCAUAAGAUCCUUGCCAUCGGCUCGUUGUUCUUGGGCGGGUUUUUGGGACGCGCAGUACUCGACGCAAUAGGAUCCGCUGGUACUCUUGGCGUUGGCACGGGCUUGAGAUUUAUCAUCAGUAUCUGGUGGCUCUUUGUCCCCAGCAAGACAGCAAAGCAGUGACCGUUAAAGUCUGUAACAUUUACAGUAAGCAAACAUAGAUGGGUUGUAGAACUGAUACGAGGGUUUAUUCAACGAUGACGAACUUCCUCCUCUGAUGCUUCGCGUCAACGGGAACUUGAGCACAUCAGAAUGAGCAGACCUGUACCUUCACCGCUUACAGUCACGAGAUUAUGUCAUCUUCAUGCAGUUGUACGAAUACGGACACGCACACGGAACUAGGCUUGUGAAGGUUCAAGAAGUACGUUA